GGUCCCUCGAGCAGCUCUACGAUGAAAAGCUCGAGCCUGGCUGCGCUGCAAGCUGACCGAGAUACGCUGCCUACGAUACCGCAGCAGUCGUGACGCCUCACCUCCAAUCUGGCUCUCAUCACUUACUUUCAGGGCAGCAGCGCGUCGAACGUACGGAGGAGACCAUCGAACUGGCCAACCAAAGGUGCACUGCUUAGGCCGCUUGCCAUUGUGAGAGCGUUUGCAGUCAAUAUGGACAGGUGGGGAAACGUCGCAAGCCUGGAGGUGCAGGAGAUAAGCGUUGCUCUGAACAUGGAGGAUACAGUGCUCCGCUUGUACGAGAAAAUCUCUUGGAUGGAAAGUCAACUGUUCCAAGCUUAUGUCCAGGUGAACAUUUUAAGGUCGGAGAACCUUAUUUUGAAGGAGAAGCAUGGCGAGGAAGUGAAGGUGCUGCAAGAAGAGCUCAAGAUGGGCAGAAUAAUGGUGGACAAGUUGGUCACGGAGCAGAAUGAGGCGACUUGCAAAUUUUGCAUUAAGAUGUCCAAAUUGGAUCUGGAUGCAAUAUUUUGAAUCCUAUCAACAUCAAGGAAAGACCUUGAAGCUGAAAGCUUAUCAGAAGGCUUUCAGAUGUGUUCAGCAAUAAAUGAUGUUUUUUGUACUAUUAACAAAGGAUCACUAAAGAUUUCUACAGGGGGUGCAAAAGGGAGCUAUGGCGUAUGUUGAUGGCAAUAGAGCUACAAGAUAACACAGGAUGUUCUGGUCAAUUGUACAGUCUUCUUUCUCAGGACAUUCCCACUGUUUCUGGAUGCUCACAUGGUUUCUAGUUGACUAUGGGCCAGCGCUGACACAUGCUCAAUUCCUACUCUAAUCAUCAACAUUUAUAAUAGUCUUUAUGGGACCCUGAACUUUGCAAGGCCAAACUGCACUGUUAAUACGUGGUCCAUAUGACACUCCCAAAACCAAGUGGAAGGGCCACCUUCUUAGCGCCCAUGGUUGCUUUGACAGCCUGCAGAAGUUCAGCGCCUCAAUUCCAACAAAACAAGACAGAUCUAGAAACAUGGCUCGUCAUAAAUGUCGAAUUUCUCAAGGGGUC